GCACAACCUUCAAAUCCUCUCAAUCCAAUCACUCAACCAGACCUUAUACACUUAUUCUCCGGUCACACCGGCGAUCAACUUUCAGAUUCUCAGUUUCCGGUUCCGAUCGUAUAACAAUGGGAGACACAACAGUCAACGCAGUCUACAAAAACGCAAACGAACCAAUCGAAUCUCGAGUCAAAGAUCUUCUAAAUCGCAUGACUCUCAAAGAAAAAGUAGGUCAAAUGACGCAGAUCGAACGCAAAGUUGCCAGUUCUGACGUCAUCAGAGACCUCUGUAUCGGAAGUGUGUUGAGUGGUGGGGGAAGCAAGCCGUUUGAUAACGCCACGUCAGCGGAUUGGGCGGACAUGAUCGACGGGUUUCAACAUGGUGCGAUGGAGUCGAGGCUUGGGAUACCGAUAUUCUACGGUAGUGAUGCUGUUCAUGGGAAUAAUAAUGUUUAUGGGACUACUGUUUUUCCUCAUAAUGUUGGCCUUGGUGCUACAAGAGAUCCGGAUCUGGUGGAGAGGAUAGGUGCUGUAACUGCUUUGGAAACUAGGGCUAGUGGUGUUCAAUAUGCAUUUGCUCCUUGUGUUGCAGUAUGCAGAGAUCCUAGAUGGGGAAGAUGUUAUGAAAGCUAUAGUGAAGACACCCAGUUAGUUAGAAAGAUGACAUCACUCGUAACGGGCUUACAGGGGAAACCACCCGUUAACCACCCAAACGGAUAUCCUUAUGUAGCUGGAAGGAACAACGUUAUGGCCUCUGCAAAACAUUAUGUUGGAGAUGGAGGUACCGACAAAGGGAAAAACGAAGGGAAUACUAUAAUCCCGUAUGACGAAUUGGAAAACAUCCACAUGUUACCUUACCUAGAUUGCAUUGCAAAGGGUGUUUGCACCGUUAUGGUAUCCUAUUCUAGUUGGAACGGAACGAAAAUGCACUCUCAUCGUCAUCUUAUAACCGAUAUUCUCAAAGACAAGUUAGGUUUCAAGGGUAUUGUGAUUACGGAUUGGGAAGCACUUGAUCGAUUCUACGAACCGUAUGGUUCAAACUACAGAAGUGCGGUUUCUUCUGCAAUUAAUGCAGGAAUUGACAUGGUGAUGGUUCCAUUCAGAUAUCAAUUGUUUUUGGAGGAUUUAACGUAUUUGGUAGAAUCAGGAGAGGUAUCCAUGGCAAGAAUUGACGAUGCUGUUGAACGAAUAUUAAGAGUUAAAUUUGCCGCAGGACUUUUCGAACAUCCGAUGGCAGAUAGAUCCUUGCUCGAUAUUGUGGGCAGUAAGCCACACAGAGAAUUAGCACGCGAAGCAGUUCGAAAGUCACUAGUUCUGUUGAAAAACGGGAAAGAUCCAAACAAACCGUUUCUACCGUUAAACAGAAAUGUUAAAAAGAUUCUUGUUGCUGGAAAACAUGCAGAUGAUCUGGGUUACCAGUGUGGCGGUUGGACGUCGACAUGGGAAGGUACCAGUGGAAGAAUCACAAUUGGUACAACGAUUCUCGAUGCUGUAAAACAAGCUAUCGGUGACAAUGUCGAAGUGGUAUACGAAGAAAACCCAACGACUCAAACCCUUUCUGAACAUGAAUUCUCAUAUGCAAUUGUGGUUGUUGGUGAAGCUCCUUAUGUCGAAUCAGGCGGUGAUAAUUCAGAACUAAUAAUACCAUUUAAAGGAGACGAGUUACUGAAACUUGUCGCACAAGAAAUCCCGACUCUUGCGAUUCUGAUAUCAGGCAGGCCAUUGGUUUUAGAGCCAUCGGUUCUAGAAACAGUGGAUGCGUUAAUCGCUGCAUGGUUGCCGGGAACAGAAGGAAAUGGGAUAACCGAUGUUAUUUUUGGAGAUUAUGAGUUUCAUGGGCGGCUUCCGGUUUCAUGGUUUAAAUCGGUUGAUCAACUGCCUAUGGAUUCUAGUAAAAACUCAUAUGAUCCUUUGUUUCCACUUGGGUAUGGGUUAAAAUCUAAAGUUUAAACAUGAGUUUGUUGAUCAUUGAGGUUGUUUCCUUUUGUAAAAAAAAUGAACAUGUCGUGUCUAAUAAAGUAUUUGUAUAUGUACAACACUCGUUCAUAAGACCGUUUACAAGGAAUUUCAAUCUUCUUUUCUAA